UUCUUUGUUGUGAUUGUUCAUGUUUCUUCCAUACUUUUCAAAGUUGUUGGACUAUUUUCUCUCAUAUAUUUAUUACGUGGAACUGAUUAAUGAAUUUGCCUAUGUUAAACUUUUUACAGCUAGUAGAAAUGUAAGGGGUAUUAAAUUUGAAGACGUUCUAUCUUUUGGACCCAUAGGAACUCAUAAGGCCACUAUAGUCUGGCUACAUGAUAUCGGCGAGACAAGCGCUAAUUCAACUCGAUUUGCGAGACAGAUGGGUCUUAAAAACAUUAAGUGGAUUUGCCCAACUGCUCCUUCACGCCCCAUUACUAUCUUAGGUGGAAUGGAAACCAAUGCAUGGUUCGAUAUCGCAGAAAUUUCUGAAAACAUGCAAGAUGAUGUGGAGUCAUUAAAUCAUGCUGCUUUAUCCAUUGCUAACCUUUUAUCUGAAGAACCCCCAAACAGAAUAGGAGGUAUCGGCUUGGGUGCAGCGCAAGCUCUCUACCUUGCGAGUAAGGGUUGUUAUGACACUAAUCAACGGCUUCAGAUAAGGCCACGAGUUGUUAUAGGGCUCAAUGGUUGGCUUCCUGUCUGGAGGUAGCGUCUUCGAGUCCUAAUGUCACUCACUUACUACUAAUUUUUUAACCGAAUUUACGUACAUUUUAAACAUAUAAAACCUAAAACACUCUUGUAGAAGCUUACAAAACAACAUAGCAUCUAACCCCGGGGGUAGAGAUCGUCCUAUAUCACUACCAAUCUUACUUACACAUUGUAUGUGUAUCAUCUAUAUAACUUUUCUACAAUUUAGAUAACCAUCGCGCGCGAGAUCACGCUGAUUUUGGAAUCUUAUGUGUUACAGCUAACGAUGUGGUGCCGUACGAAUUUACACACAAAUGUGCUCAUUCCCUUCUCAUGGCUGGAUUUCAGAGCACGCUAAGAAAAUACGAAGGGUCUAAACAUGAAUUC